AUGUCCGCCGACCAAAGUCCAAUCUACCCCGACCUCCGUGGCAAGGUCGCACUGGUGACAGGAAUCGGCCAAGAUGGUCCUUCCGACAAUGACAAGUGGGGCAACGGCGCUGCCAUCUCGCUCGCACUAGCGCGCAACGGCGUCAAAGUGUUCGGGUGCGACAUCAACCUCUCGGCAGGGGAGACGACAAAGUCACGGAUCGAGGCGCUCGUGCCCGACGCCGUGGUCGACGUGGUCACCGCGGACGUCACCCAAUCCUCAGACGUCGAGAAGUUCGUGAAGGCCUGCAUGACCAAGCACGGCCGCAUCGACAUUCUCGUCAACAACGUCGGACGCAGCGAACGAGGUGGCCCCGUCGAGAUGAGCGAGCAGGUCUGGGAUUCCCAGGUCAGCCUCAAUCUGAAAAGCGUGUACCUGACGAGCCACUUCGUGCUGCCCAUCAUGGAGGCCCAGGGGGCCGGUGCUGUCGUUAGCAUCUCCAGUGUGGUGUCGACGCGGUAUGCGGGCAAGCCGCAGGUUGCGUACGCGGCGACAAAAGCCGCGGUCACGCAGUUCACUAAACAUACGGCCGUCAUGUACGCGAAGAAGGGCGUGCGGUUGAACGCCGUGCUGCCGGGCCUGAUGUUCACGCCGCUCGUGCAGACGCUGGCGCACAAGUACGCCGGCGGAGAUUACGAGGGCAUGGUGCAGACGAGACACAACCAGGUGCCCACGGGCCAAAUGGGAACGUCAACGGAUGUGGCUAACGCGGUGGUCUUCCUGUCGAGUGACGUGGCGGCAGGGUAUAUUACUGGGCAGAAAUUGGUGGUCGAUGGAGGCAUAACCUCAAGUACGGGGAGGACUUGA